UCGGUUGUGCAACAGCUGCUCACGGCUGAGGAUUUCUGUUCAGGCUUCUGCACAGACAGCUCAACAGGACCUGCUGCUGCUCAUGUGCUGAGUGGACUGAGAGGAUCAGAGGACUGUACAUUCAAAACUAGACUUCCUCUCUGCAGUGUAAGCAUGGCCUCUAAGAUCCAGACUCUGAGCGAGGAUGAGCGGAAUCACCUGCUCCCCCUGCUACGCAACGCUCAGUGGAUGGAAGCUGUGGGAAGAGACGCCAUUUACAAAGAGUUUGUUUUUAAAGACUUCAAUCAGGCGUUUGGGUUUAUGUCCAGAGUGGCUCUGCAAGCAGAGAAGAUGGACCAUCACCCUGAGUGGUUUAAUGUCUAUAACAAGGUCCAGAUCACUCUCAGCACGCAUGAGUGUGGAGGGCUGUCGCAGCGUGACAUCACUCUGGCCACAUUCAUCGACCAGGCGUCGCUGAUGUGAGCGGUGCAUUAUCCUUUAUUUAAAACAGCAAAA